AUGCCCGCCCGCCCCCGCCCCGCCACGCCGCCCCCACUCUCUGACGUCGCCCCCGCCACCGCCAUCCCCGUCGGCAUCCUCAUCACCAACCCCCACAACCCCUCGAAUCCACAAUACCUUCCCCCACCCGCACCGCCACCACCGCCCUCCCAACACCCAUCAGCAAGCCCUUUGGCAUCUACCACACCACCGCCACCACCACUUCCGAAAUGCCGCAGCGAUGACACCCGCCGCUGGAUCCAGGAGCAGUUGGACGAGAGCAACGAGAUCUACCUCGUUGUCGGGCUCCUGCUCCUUAAUGACGCGAAGCUGGUUGUGCGCAGUGGCGUGACGGCGCAGGGGGUUAGGGUGAGGUGGGUGUGGAGGAGGGAGGUGGACGGGAGUAGGUUGGCGGCGGGGACGGCGUGGAGGCCGUUCUGGACGUGGAGGGGGACGGAGAAGAUGGAUGAUCUUUCUUUAGAGGAUGGGGAGGAGGAGGAGGAUAAAGAAGAAGUAGAAGAGGAGGGGGAGGAGGAAGAAGAGGAGGGGGAGGAGGGGGACGGCCGCAUGAAGGAGAAAGGGGAUAUGAUCGAUGUGGAGCUUGAGGAAGAUAGCGGAUGGUAG